UUUUAUUUUGGCGAAUCCCACCGCCAUCUGCUGAUCCACUGCGCUUUGAGCCUUCGACAAAGCCCGCAAAGAAAAAUAGAGGACCGCAAGCGAGAGCGGAAAAGGAAGAGGACGAUGGCGGCGGCGGAGCAGGUGAAAGCUUCGCACAUACUCAUCAAGCACCAGGGAUCCCGUCGCAAGGCCUCGUGGAAGGAUCCCGACGGCCAGGUCAUCUCCGCCACCACCCGCGACGCCGCUGUCAGUCAGCUCCUUUCCCUCCGCGAGGAUAUUGUUUCCGGCAAGGCCCGCUUCCAGGACGUAGCAGCACGCUAUUCGGAUUGCAGCUCCGCCAAACGCGGUGGCGAUCUCGGUCGCUUUGGGCGUGGACAAAUGCAGAAGCCGUUUGAAGAAGCAACCUUUGCACUCCAAGUCGGGCAACUUAGUGACAUCGUUGAUACUGACAGCGGUGUCCAUAUCAUUCUGAGAACUGGUUGAUGCUCACUGCAGUAUGGAACUUUGCUUUGAAACUCCAUUCCGAUUAUUAAGGGAGAAUCUACAUGACAUUAAAUAAUAAGACGCCCCAAUGAUUUCGCUCUACAGUCAUGCUUUAAGGACCAUUGGUAUAACUAUCAUUUUUUGGCCCUAAACUCUAUUCAGCAAAAUGAUUGGAAAAAUAUUGAUGUUUCGCUUGGUUUGUUUGUGACACGAUAAUUGAAUCAUGCUCACUUUGAAAAAAAAAUGACGUAUGUUUCA